GUUCAGUACCAGCUGCUUUGACUUGCCGAAUGAGGGCGCUAUUAUUUACACCUCAAAAUUGUGUGCACGCUUAAGCGCGCGAGAGUCGUUCAGUAGCCAUUUACUUCAGUACAGAUGGGAAGCCACAGCAAGAAACACAAGAAAAGUCGGCACAGGUCAAGAUCGCGGAGUGUAAGCAGCGAACGCAGACACCGCAAAGCUCGACGGAGGUCUCGCUCUCGAUCUGUCAGCAGGAGUAGCAGCGAUUCCAGCCGUAGCGACCGGAGGACAAAAUCAAAGAAACAACGUCACCGAUCGCGAUCCAGAUCACGGAGUCGCUCCAGGAGUAGAAGCCGGAAGUCGCGAAGCCGUUCAAGAGAUCGUGAUAGACACUCCAAACGCAGACGACGGUCACGAUCACGCAGUGCGAGCAAGCCAAAAAGAAGGUCUCGGACGCGCUCAAGAACACCUAGCAAAAGUCGUAGACGGAGCAGAUCUCGCAGCCAAUCAGUGGACAGGUCUUCCCACGGUGGCAGUCGGUCACGGCACGACUCGCGGGAAAAAACUAAGGACACCCAGGGAGACAAACACUCACUGAAUGUGACACCUGCUGAGUCUGUCAAACAGAAGAUGCAGAGAGCAUUGGAGGCAGCAGCCUCUGCUAAUGAUAAACUGAAGGAAAAGGGCGUUAUUGCUGCAACCGUCAAACAAGAGCCACUGAGUCUGGCGGAGGAGCGAGAAAAGCAGAAGGCGAUAGCCGAGAUUGAAGAGGACUCAUUCAAGCCAAGCACAUUCCUAUCUGGGCAAAGCAUGGCGCGGUCUAAAGUCAAACUGAGCAAAGAGCAGAACCACGACAAUGCCAUAUUUGGCAGCUCGGCCGUCGCUGUGGCUGGUCUGAACCAGGCCUCCUUCAAGCGGAACCAGACCAUUUUCUACAAGACUGUCAACAGGGGAGAACUGGCCAGUUCAUUGUUGGCCAAGACCUCCGAGGAGAAGAUGGAUGCAUGGAUCGCCAAGCUGGCGAGGAUGCGAGAAGAAAAGAUCCAGGCCAACCCAGAGUACUUCAAGAAACUACUGACCAUCGGAACAGACGACUCUUGGGACAAAUAGACUGGUCUAUGGACUUCAUUUGGAGAUGGUACAUUGCGCUGUGUGACCUACUCAUCACAGCUCCAGUGUGUGGGACACAAGUAUGGAGUACGCACAACCAAUUUACAUCUGAAAGUAUCCAAAUUCAUGGCUGGGCGUGUACUUCGAUGCAAAACAUAUGGCAGCAGUGUUGUCUAAAGGAAAUACUAUUCUUAAUCCUAACUCCCUAGGCUUUUUUGCUAGGACGCAACCUUGAUCCUGCAAAAUCCUCCAACUGCCUCCACGUAAAACUUGCAUACAGCCUCAAUCCUGCAAAAUCCUCCGUUAUUUCUUGAAUGUGGUCCUUGGAGGGGUGACCACUGCCUGAAUCCUGCAAAAUCCUCCAGCAAUCACUAGAGAAUGUUGAGGCAGAGUCAGUGACAUCCUGGAGCAGUGAGAGAAUUUCAAGUAUAAUCUAGGCCUAAAUUUAUGCACGGCUGAGCAGAAACAACACAAGGUCCGGCCCAAGACCUUGACACAGUGGGUCCUCCAAAAUCAACCACACACAUUUGCCAUGUUGCAUCAAUCCUGCAAAAUCCUUCAUUUUGCAAAGAGUUUUUUGGAGGAUUUGGAAAGGUUGGUGUUAAAGUAUAGACAUGACCUGAUGGAGUGCCUGUAUGUGCAGUUUCUUUGCAAACGUUGCAUGUUUAGAGCUGGAAAAUCAAACAUCGUUUAAAGAAAUAGAGAUCAUUCCUGUUGUACAGAUUAUUCUUUGUCACCGUCUUAUUACAAGUGAAAUAAAAUAAAUCUCUACAUGUACUGGAGCCAAUUAA